AUGGACCUAUUUCUCUACAAUCCCACCUACCAGGUCUGGAUCUGCACCGCACCUCGCUGCCAGUAUGCCAUCUCACCCCAGACCCUACUGGGCCACCUCCGCACCCGCCACCAGUCCCAUCCUACUGUGGCCACGCCUGCUCUCUGUCAGGCGGUGCUGACCGAGAUGCUCCAGCAGCCAUGGGCAGACCUGAGCCAGGGGCCCUGCCCCCAGCCCUCCACUGGGGACCCCCCCGUGCCAGGCCUGCCAGUGUACCAGGGGCGCGGGUGCCCCCACUGCCCCUACAUCUGCCGGGCCCUGGCCGGGCUUCAGGACCACCGUGCCCGGAAACAUAAGGACCAGGAUGGAUACUGGGGCCAGGGUAAACUUUCAGCAGCUCAGGCCCAGGCCCGGGCCCAGGCCCGCCUGGCAGAUCGUGUGGUUAGCUGCCAGCGGUUCUACCAUGCUGGGCCAGGGAGCCAUUUCUUUGAGGUGACCUGCGCUGCCCAGCCAAGCCAGCAGGCCCUGCUAGCCGCCCCCCAGACCCCUGCUGAGCGCAUCUGCGCUCAUAUAGACCAGGCCCUGUGGGAGGCGGAGGCGGCAGCUACACUAGUAAAUGGCCAGGUCCCUAGCCUAGAAGGCCACCCAACUGAGGUCUCUCCCUGGCUGGAGCUGACCCGCUGGCCAGAGUACCUACGCGGGCAGGAUCUAACUGCAGUGGCCCUGCUCAGAUGCCCAGCAGACCCAGUGCAGGAGCCCCUGCUUGCCCUAUUCAGUGCUAGUGUCGAGCGGCUGAUCUGGCAGGCCUACCAGACCAUCCGGAGCGGCCAGAUCAAUGAAUUUAACCAGGUCCAGAUCAAUACCUUCUUUCGCGAGCCCAGGGUCUGGAACCAGCCCAUCCAGAUCCACCUCCAGCUGAAGACCUAUCGCCAGUACUGCCAGGUCUGGCAGCAGCUGGUCUGCUUCGCCUACCGCAGCACCAGACCCAACCAGCCCAUCCAGCUGCGCCACCAGCUGAACACCACCCAGCUGGCCGCGCUGGACCAGAUGGAGGACACCCUGAUGGCCUUCCUUACAGUGCUAGGGGUGGACCCUGCAUGCCAGACCUUCCGGGAGCCCUACAGCUAUACCAGUUACCUCUCCAGACUGGUCAAGAUGGCCCAGAUGCUGGUGGCCCUGCAGGCAGUCCACCUAACUAGGGCUGGUGUGGUCAGCCACCCUGCAGAUGCCCUGGAUGAGAUGCGCGAGCGCUUCCUGCUGUAUGGGGUAUGUGCCCCCUUUGGCUGGAUCACACGGCUGCGCACCUACGGGAAGAAGAUCCAGAAUAGCACCACCAGCCUAGGCUAUAUCUACUGGAGUGAUGAUGAGCAGACCCUCAGCUAUAAAGACCUGCGGCUCAGCAUGCGGGGGCUAUGCCAGUUCAUUGCCAGCCAGGUGCAACUAGCCCAGGCAGACCUGGCACAGCUCUUCCUCCUCCAUGAGGAGGAGAUAAGGGAGGAGAUAGUGCCCCAGCUAGCCCUACAUAAGCUGCAGGAUGACCCCACGAAGAACCAGCGGGGCUGGAACUUCCUGCAGGACCAGCAGACCCGGGCUGCCCUGCCUACCAUAGGGGAACAGUGGCUGCUUGAUCGUGUGCUAGGGACUGACUGGCUCCAGGAGGAGUUCCUGCAGCUACACCAGAUUGGCCAGCAGGACCAGGUGCUCUGGCAGGCAGGGGCAGUAGACCAGUACCUACAGCAGGUAAAAGUAUUCCUAGAGCACCUGCUUCUGCUAGUCCAUAUGACUGGGGGGCAGCCAGCCCAGGCCACAGAGCUACUCAGCCUGCGCCAUAGCAAUACCCUCCAUGGCCGCCACCGCAAUAUAUUUAUUGAGCACGGGCUCGUGAGCACCGUCACCACCUACCAUAAGGGGUAUUCUAUUAAUAACACCACCAAGAUCAUCCACCGGUAUCUGCCAAAGGCCGUUAGUGAGCUAGUAGUCUACUACCUAUGGCUUAUCCUGCCCUUCUGCCAGGCCCUGCAGAAGCUGGUCUAUGGGCAGAAGGGCCCGGCCUCUGCCUUCCUAUGGCCGGCGGGGGAGGGGAGCUGGGAUAGCAGCCAGCUGCGCAAGGUCCUCCAGCGUGAGGCACAGACCCAUCUACAGACCAAGAUGAAUAUCCUGUCCUACCGGCACGCAGCUAUUGCCAUCUCCCGCGUACACCUGAAAUGUGGGGGGUUUAAGCGGGACUAUGGGGCAGAUGAUGCAGCCUUUAAUGAGCAGGCUAGCCAUGGGUCCUGGAUUGCAGGCACUGUAUAUGCGCGGGGGCUACAGGAGGCACCAGGCCAUGUAGAGGCACGACGGCGCCAAUACCAGGCCAUUAGUCGCGAAUGGCAUGGGUUCCUGGGGUUUGAGACCUACCUAGGGCCCCGUAAACAGCCGGCGCAGGAUGACCUUAGGCAUGAUAGUAGUGCCAUCCUAAUACCUCAAGCAUUCGAUAAGCCACUGCCUAUAUUACCAUCUCAUUCUAAUGGCCUGCUCUGCCAGCAAGAUCCUUAUUACUUAUUCAUUACCUCUACCAUGGAAUCUAUGCGUAAGCAUUGGCGAACUAUUCAUGAGUGGUCCCAGCAGACCCAUCGCGGGCGGGCAGGCCUAAAGGAGAAGGCUAGGGGUGAGGCAGAGCUACAGCAGUCAUUCCAAUAUGUCUCAUGGCAGCAGGUGUUCCCUAGUGGUCCAGGGUCACACUAUAUCCAUAUUCGCUAUCCAGAUAGGCAGCCACCCGCCCCAUCCACCGACCAUAUCCAGACUGCAGUGGAUGAGGUGGUACAGGCCUGGGAGCAGGCGCAGGCCCGGGCUAAGGCCGAUCAGGCCAUCCAGGCCAGCCAGUUGACGGACGCGAACCCCUGGCUGCGCAUGACUCGGUGGGCCGAUUACCUGCAGGGCAUCCAGGCCCAUGACCUGCUAGCCUGCGUGGCGGCCCCGGAGGAAGACCCCACAGAUGCUAUAGAGCAGGCAGUGCAGGUGAUCUAUCCCACAGGGGGGCGGCGACUGUACUUGACACCGAUAUAG